GCCAACCGCACCGCCCAAGACGUUUGUGUCACUUGUGCCGUUUUGCCGCAUGGAGUCUCGCGCCCAAGACGGGCUGCGGCUCCGGAAGGGCGCCUUGCGGAUCCAGCGCUGGCCGUCGCAUGGGGUAUUGAGCAAAGCUGGAUUCUCCGAGUCCGGCCUUUGUGGCCCGGGUGGCCCCGGCCGGAAGCCGAAGCCAGGCAUGUGCCGUGGCGGACUGGCAUUCUCCUCCCCAGGCUGGAAGGAUGCAGAGACAGUUCGCGGCCGCCCAAGCACUGCCUCAGGCGCGCUGCGGCCGGCGGCGCGGCUGGCUGUGGCGGAGGCGAGCACCAGCCGCGUGGUGCUGCCAGGCCCUGAGGCGCUGCAACGGAGCCGGCUGGAACUGGAGAGCUGGACUUGCUUCCCGGACCUGCCAGGGCUGCGGCCUGGGCGCCAGGCAGCGGAGCGGCUCAUGGCCGCCCUAGCCCAGGCGCCAGGCGGCGCAGAUCUGGAAGCCAAGCCGCGGGUGCUGCUGAUGUCGGCGCUGGGCUGCUGCUUGGAGUAUUUGGGCCUUUCGGAUGAGGCAGCGAGCCUCUUUGCACGGUGCCUCGUGGAAGAUCCAGGCAACCCGCUCCAUGCCUACAAUCGGGGUGCGGCCAACCUGCGGCUGGGCCACUUUGCGGCUGCCUGUAGAGAUCUGGACCUUGCGGUGAGCUUGUGCCUGGCCAAGAACCUUCAGCCACCGGUGCAGAUGCUGCUGCGGCGGGCUCUGGCCGGUAGUCGCCUGCCGGAGCGCCAGGCGGAGGUCUGGGCGGACUUUGAGCUGGCGAGGCGGCGCCUGGCCUUUCCGGAGCUGGGCGUGCCGGAGAUCUGUCGCAGCCUGGCGCGGGAGCCGGUGGCGUCCUUUGCGGAGUACCGCCGGAAGAUCCUGGGUCAGGCGGAGGACAAGAAGCACUGGGCCGUGAUGAUGCUGGCACGCACCUACGGGCGGCCGGAAGAAUCCCAGCGAGUGACGCAGGUGGAACUCUCAGCGCUGCUAGAGCUGCUGGAUCCCGCACUCAAUCUGCAGCCGGACAGGCUCCGGCAGCAGCUGCACGAGAUCUCCGCGCACUUUGUGCCGCCAGGCCAGCCCUUGCUGCCAUCGCAGAGCUGGUUCUGCUUGCUGCGGGGGGAGCUGCGGGUGGUUCGCUUUGCAGCGCCGCUGGGGCUAACAGCAAAGGAACCGGCGCUGACCCUGGAGGAUGUGGCGAUGCUGAAGGCGCCCAGCAGCUUUUGGGGCGCCUUGCAAGGCCCGCAGCAGGACGGCUGGUUGGUGGCCGCUCCGUCGGGCGCCACCGCGCUUCGGAUCCCGCUGGGCCCCUUCCGGCGGCUCUUCGCGGGCGAGAAAAAGGACGGCGGCUCCACCUUGACGUGCAGCCAGCACGAGGUCGCGGUCUUUGCCGCAGCCUGCGACGCAGAGGGAGAGGCCCAGUCGCGGAGUCGGCUCGCCUCAAGCGGCGAGGUUAGCAGCCAACUCAGCAGCCGGACUGCCAACUUGGUGCAUGAGGCCUCCUGGCAGCCCUGGGAGGAAUUCCGCGAUGACAGGGAGUCGAACUCCCUUGCGCAAGAGGCAAAGGUGGCCAGCUAUGGGCCGGUCUUGACACCUCGGCCCCUGAUCGAUGGGACGCUGUCAUCGACUCGCUCCACGCUGCUGGUACCAAGGUACGAUUCGAGGACUGGGGUGGAAGAGGUGACUAGUCCGGGCUGCGAGAUCUCCUCGGGCUCGGAGGCCUCCACAGUGGCGGUGCCCCACUUCCCCAGGCCGGUGCUGAGUGGCAGCUCUCGUGCCACUCAGACAGAGGCAGAUGUUGAAGAUGUAAGCGCGGCGCUAGGUGGUUCGCGCAUGGACUCCUUGCAUCAGUUGGUGGCCAAGCGGGCCAUGGAUGUAGAAGAGAAUGACAGGCCGCCCUCAGAGCCUUCCAUCGAAGACGACGUGAAAGUGGCCGAGAUGAUUUUGCGGCCCGUGUCCGAGUCCCUGGAGAGGCUGCGGGUCUCCAUCGAGGCCUCGACGCCUCGUUUGGAGGCAGCGAAGCUGCCUAGCCCCAGUGCGCUUUCUGCGCGCAGCGCGUCUCCCUCGCCCAUCUUCCAUCCGGCGAACAGCUGGGAGGCGGAGGUCCAAACUGCGGCGCCCGGAGGCGUCUCCGUCCGGGAAGAGGUGAUUUCCGAGGCCUUACAGUCUUCUCACCGCUCAGCGGACAUCGAGGUCAGCAAGGCCCCAGUUCUGGCAGAGGUGUGUCUGGAGGUGCUCUCGCAGCUGGAGAGCGAGCUGAGCAACCUGGAGGCCAUUGUAGCCGCGGUGGAGGGGGCCAAGCAGCUGGUUGGGCGGACUUCGCCCAAGCGUGAGAGGGCUGCCUGAAGCCUGGCGGUUGCGCCGGGAUUUGCUUGAAUAUCCUCGGUCUGCGGUGGAAUUGGGUUCGGAGCAUUGGGGGU